AUGUCGACCCGGCACCCUGCGCGUCCUCGUCGCAUCGAUGACGCCCUUUCGCAACUGAUCGAGUCUCUCACUCCCCCACUGCCUCUAUCCGCCAUUGGCGACGAAUACUCAGAUGACGCCGACGACGCUCUUGCUGCGGCCGAGGAACAUCGCCAUAAUGCAUUCCUGGAACAUGCAUGGCGUACUGUAGACGCGCACGCCGGCUCGGCGGACAACCCAGCGUCGCCAUCCGGAGGGAUUGGCCGCCGAGGGAGUUUAACAGGAGCGGAAAAUAUCAAUAACGCGUCGGAUCUGAUAAAGCGGAAAUUACUACGCGAGAAUGCCAGUCCGGACAAGGCCGUCCGGUUCUCGAAUCUGUACUCGCGGCUCUUGACUCAGCCGGUGCUGUCGCAGAAAUGGGGGAUAUUAUAUUUACUCUACCGGCUAUCGAGCGCGGAUGGCCCUGAGGAUAUGUUGGGUGAAGAUGAAAGGCCACGCAGCCCACUGAUGGAUCAUGCCAAGUUACAAAGGAUGUUGAUAAAAGACCAUAGGGCCGGUGGUGGAGCGGUAGCAAGUUCGGACGAUGAGGGUCCAGCUAUUAGCUCGUCGGCGUCCCAGAUGGCAGCUCGUCUCGAGCGAAAGUCGUCAAUGAGGCGAGCUGAUUUGGAAAGGGAAAAAGAAAAGGAACGGGAUGCGGAACAUGGAUCGGGACCGGAGCGAUUACGUAUGAGCCGCCAACAUGAGCCCACGACAAAAGAUUCUCGAGCGGAGGAACAAUUUAACGACUCAGAGAGGGACCAGGGAGCUCCACGACCUCUUGAAUUCGGGCUUUUACGAGACCUCCCAUUCAAUCUACAGGGUUUAUCCUCAACUGAUUUACAGUUCAUGUCAGCUUCAACGCUCAAGCUACCCCCAACAUUACCUCUUCCAAUGGUAUCCAUUCUGAAUACACUAGCAGAACCAUGUCUCCUAUAUCGAGGUCUUUCCGCUUUUGUUGAAGGCAGUGGUGGGGGGCUCGUCAGCCAGAGCCUGCGGGCAGCUCUUUCGAAUGAACUCCGCUCUUAUCUAGGCUUGGUAGCGACGCUCGAGGGCGAGAUUCGUCGGGCACUGGCUGCUCCCGAAGAAUCUGGUGCUUCCAAAAGUGGUGUAACGUUGAAACGAUGUGUUGUCUGGACCAGAGAUGCGACCAUGGCCCUGCGUUUGAUGAGCUUGAUCGUGGAGGAGGCUCAGAGCAAAAAAGGGGGCCAAUUAAUAUCCUUAAUCCAUGGAUUUUCAACAUCACACGGGGAUCCCUUCGUGUGUAACUUCGCGGAGAAACUCCUUGCGCACGUGACGAGGCCUUUUUACGAUAUGUUGCGCCUCUGGAUUUACGAUGGCGAGUUAUCAGACCCGUAUCAGGAAUUCUUCGUGGUCGAACCCGAAUCCAGGCCAAGCACAGAUCCACGCCGCAUUGCAACCAGUGUCUGGGAAGAUAAAUAUAAGCUCGAAGAUGACAUGGUGCCCUCAAUUAUUACGCAGGAUUUUGCUAAGAAAGUUUUCCUUAUUGGGAAAUCCUUAAACUUCAUCCGGUAUGGGUGUGGUGAUUCUGGAUGGGUCGAGGCAUACUCGAAGGAAGCGUCCAAGGAGCUGCGCUACGGGGACACAGCCAGCCUUGAAACCUCAAUCGAUGAGGCUUAUAAGACUACAAUGGCACGGUUAAUUCAUCUUAUGGACGACAAGUUCAAACUCUUUGAUCAUCUCCACGCCCUGAAGAAAUAUUUGCUACUAGGUCAAGGUGAUUUCAUCGCGCUUCUAAUGGAAUCACUGGCCUCGAACCUCGAUCGUCCUGCCAAUUCACAAUACCGGCACACGCUGACUGCCCAGUUGGAGCAUGCUAUACGUGCUUCCAAUGCACAGUACGACUCUCAAGAUGUUCUUCGGCGUCUGGAUGCACGCAUGUUAGAGCUCAGCCAUGGCGAAAUUGGAUGGGAUUGUUUUACUCUUGAAUACAAGAUUGAUGCUCCUGUGGAUGUUGUGAUCACGCCGUGGGGUUCUACUCAGUAUCUCAAAGUCUUCAAUUUUCUCUGGCGCGUGAAGCGCGUCGAGUUCUCCUUAGGUAGCACAUGGCGACGAUGCAUGACUGGUGCCAGAGGUGUUUUGGGAAGUGUUGAUGACAAAGUUGGCGCCGACUGGAAGCGCGCAAGAUGUGUCAUCGCCGAGAUGAUUCAUUUCAUCUGCCAGUUACAAUACUACAUCCUUUUCGAGGUCAUCGAGUCCAGUUGGGAUCAAUUGCAGGCGUCUAUUUCAAAGCCAGGAUGUACGCUUGAUGACCUUAUUGAGGCUCACACCAAAUACCUCAACUCUAUCACGCACAAGGGCCUCCUAGGUUCCUCAAGUUCUUCAAAAGCCAGCUCCACAGGCAAGCCGGAAGAAGGUUUCCUUGCCCAACUACAUCAUAUUUUGAAGAUAAUGCUCGCAUAUAAGGACGCAGUUGAUGGGCUAUAUUCGUUUUCCGUCGCAGAAUUUACUCGACGACAAGAACUAAGCGCAAAAAUCGAGACACGCACUGCGCAAGGACAGUGGGGAGUCUCAGAGCGUGAUCUCCUCUCCUCCCGACAUAGUCAAGCGCACAGGGUCGCUUCCGCAUCCUCAUCAUUCUCCUACACGCCGAACCUCGGAACGGCGACUGAUGAAGUCGCCACACCCUCGUCUCUUGCAAACCACGAUCUCUCCACGGACGACCACAUGCUUCCAUCGCUCCGUACUCGACUCCGUGACUUAUCAGUAGAGUUCCGCUCCCGUCUAAACGUUCUUCUAGGCGAUCUCGCAUACCAACCAGAUGUGGAUAUGCGAUUCUUAGGUGUGGUCAUGAACUUUAACGAAGUCUAUGAGCCGGUCCGGCGGCGCAGAGGAACAGGCGCCAGCGCCCGAGAUAAAGAGCGAGCGAGACGGAAAGCACCACCGUCUGGGGUGGCCUCUGAGGCUCAGUCACAGCAAAGAGAUGCCAAAAGGGAAAGAAAAGAUGCAAGCGGGUAA